AUGGAUUUGGGCCCCACAAUGUUUCCUAUUGUAUUCGCAGCAAUCAGCGGACGAAGUAUGAAGAUGAUUGCCCGUUACCUUGCGGAGAAAGGAUCGAAGAUCAGUACUCUAGAACUACUCAUGGCAAGCCAGUCCGUCUGGGGAACCGUCGAAAGUCAGAUGCUCAUGCAAAGGAUUACUCUGGUAGGCGCGAACCUGCUAUUUCUUUGGGCAUUGUCACCACUGGGUGGUCAAGCAUCCCUCCGAUUAAUGCGAAGGGACAGCGAAUCUACCUAUGCCUCUACGAAGCUCCGCUACCUUACCACCGGUCCAGCUGCUGCGGCUUUCAUCCCGGCCACAGUUGGAACCUCACGCGGAAAGUUUUCCGAGGCUGGCUCGCUCUAUAAUGCAGCCUUGCUGGCUCCUUUAGCAGUCAAGCUUGGACCACAGGACUCAUGGGGAAAUGUCAAUAUUCCGAGCUUAGAGGCAUUGAAUACAUCGCUGGCUGACUCUAACGGUUGGGUGAGUGUCCCUACCACAAUCACGACACCAGAGACAUAUGCAUCACUGGUUGGAGUGCCCAUCGUGGGGCUCCCUUCAAAUGCUGAGAGUAACUUUACGCUGGAGUACAACUACCUUACUGUAACUUGUGGAGAAUUCAACCAACAACCAUACCCUGGGACUCAUGGCACAGAUGACCCUACGGCAACCAACUACACAAAACUCGACGAGAUGAUACCAGGGGUCAUAUGGUACAACAAGUCACUAUCGUAUCUUCAUCCUUUCGAUCCGCUGAAAGGCAGAGCAUCUUUUAUGCUCGACACUCCUCGCAACAUGGGACGUCCUCAAUUUGGCGGCCUACGGAACGACUCGGAUGUUUUUGUCGGCCGUCUGGACGGCUUCAACGGCCAUUACAACCAAUCUCGGCUCAGUCAACAGGAGAGCGAAACACCAAGAGAAUUGACAUUUGCGUCAGUCUACGGAAUCAGUAAUGACGGGGUUGAACAAGGGCUCAAUAUCGUCAAUUGCUCUCUGUUCCAGCACCACGUUGAAGCAUCGGUCAAAUGCUCCGGCGAUCAAUGUGUAACAUCCAAGUUGAGAAAAUCUCGCACUGAUACAAGACCUGAAGCGCUCACAGGCCUGGAAACCCAUUCUUUGACCGAGUACUUUGUGCAGGAGUUCCCAACGGCAAUUAAAUUUAACGAGGGAUCAAGUCCCACCGAAAGGUUUAUGGCGAAUACCUCGGCAUUUCCAUUCAUACAGCGAGCAGGGCAUUCGAUGUCACCCCAGCUCUACGUCAACCUAUCGAUCGUUCCACCUGAAAUUUUGUCAAGACGACUGAGCUUGGUGCUGAACACAUACUAUCAGCUCAGCACUCAGUCCUCAGGUUAUUUUGGCAGCCUAACCACCAAUCUAUCAGCGUACGGUCCGGAUACUCUGCCGGUUACAGACGUCAACGCAUACCUUCCUGCGAAUUUGUCAGCUACUGAUCAUCCAUACUACGACUGGUUCACGGUAUUCAUGCAGACGGUGUAUGAGAUGGACUCUCCGUUCAUGGGCGCAACAACGACUGCUGACAUCAAAUCGACCAUGCAGGUAUUUGUAUGCAACUAUGCGUGGUUCGCACUUCUUGUUGCAUCCUCCGCAAUCAUACUCGUCACUGGUACCGUUGCGGUCGUGCUGAAGAGAAAGACCCUUGGACCCGAGAUGUUUGGUUUUGUAGCGAGUAUGACAUAUGAAAACCCAUGGCUUAGGAUCCCUGACGGCGGGACUAUGCUCGAUGGGAUGGAAAGAGCACGCCUGCUGAAGGAUGUCGAAGUCUGCAUUGGAGACGUGCGUGGCACCGAAGAUGUUGGACAUAUCGCUGUCGCAGCAGAAGUUCCACUGCGCAAGCUGGAGCGUGGACGCCUCUAUUGUUAA